AAAUCUAAUAACACAAAAGGGUCUUUGUAAAUAAAUGCUCAUGAAGGAAGAAGAAUCAUUUUAUACUUUUGGGGAUGGAAAUACCUUUUAGCUGUGCAGAUUCAGUCCUCAGAAACAAAACGGAUUCAAUAAGACCAACAUGUUCUGUUUUACCCAGCCAACAGAAUGAGCACAAGCUGCAAUGCUUCUGUUCUUUUCUUUACCUAAGUCAUAAUACUGAAAAUGGAAGAGAUGAGAACUUAAGGAAAAUAAUCAAAUCAAAUGUGCCCAUGUCAGUGGACUCUCAAUCUGAAAUCUUGGAAAGAAGAGGAAAACCAACACUAAUUAGGUCCAGAACAUUUGAUCCCUCAUUAUUGUCACAUGGCCAAAGUGACACAGAGUCAAAGACAGAAAGGAAAAAGCAACAAGGUUGCAAUAUGGACGCUGGGAUUCAGAUCAAAUAUUAUCAUAUGAUGUUUCAGUUUCCUCGGACAAACACCCAAUACCAUAAAAUUUUCAAAGACGUUAGUGAGAAUGAGCUGCUGAAACAAAGUUACACAUGUGCACUGCAGAAAGAUAUUCUCUAUCAAGGGAGACUUUUUGUGUCUGAUAACUGGAUCUGUUUUCAUUCCAAAGUCUUUGGUAAAGACACCAAGAUUGCCAUUCCAGUUAUAUCUGUAUCAGAGAUAAAAAAAACUAAAACUGCCAUCUUAGUACCAAAUGCACUGAUUAUUGCCACAGCACAAGAAAGGUUUGUUUUUGUGUCAUUCCUGUCCCGAGAUACAACAUACAAGGUUCUGAUGUCAGUGUGCUCCCAUUUGGAUGACAAGUGUCUGGGAAGCAUCGCUAUUCAUUCCUCUGUAGAUGGCAAUUACACAAUGUUACCUUCCAGACUUCCCAUGAAUUUCUCAGCAGAUUUGUCAGAUUUGGAUGGUCCAGUGGUUCAAAGGAGACAAGAAACUGGAUAUAGCAGUAGCUCAGACUCUCCAGAUUCACCAGAGUAUGAGAAAAUGCCAGAACUCAAACAGAAGGUUUAUGACAGUAAAAGACUGAGACCAAGCUUACUUAACAUUCUUCUGAUGGUGUACCUAUUGCUCAUCUGCAUUUUGGUUUUAUCUUCGUGUUACAUGGCUUUCAAGAUCGUCUCUUUGGAAAAGACGUUAAACUCUCUAGGCAAUAUGGCUGAAUUUACUUAUGAUGGAGAUGAAUACAACAACAUAUACUCUGAGGAUCCAUCUAGGAUCUAUUCUGCUGUUUCCAAUAACCUUGUGAAGCUGGAAAAGAUUCAGAGAGGCCUACAGAAACUACUGGAUACAACAAAGUGAUGCUCGAUAAUUCCUCAGAUAUCAGUCAUCACUAAGUGCUAAGGUCUCUGUGUAUUGGUAUUGCAAGUCUGGUACUGUCCAAAUAUACAGUCUAACAUAGUGAGUGUUUUUCUGUACAUAAAAGCACAACAAUCAACUUUGUUAUACUGCUCACAACAAUGUUGUUGUUCUUUUCUUAUUAUAAAUGUUUUUUUGUCUCUGAAAAGCAUGGCAAAAGCAGGAUUGUUUGCAUGCACAAAAUGCUUUGUAGGAUUUUGGUUUAAUCCAGGAAAUUAUCAUUUUGUUCAUGCAUGUGCUAGAGAUACACAAUGUUAGACCAAAGUGGGUUUUAUAUAUAUACCACUUCACCAUUGAAUGUCUAACCUUAACAGCUGGGUGGGGAAAAAAGCAUGCUAUACAAUAAUGCAUUAAUAUAUACUUUAGACACUUCCUUAAAAUAUAGUAGUGCACCCAUACUAUUGAAAAGGGACAGAUUUAGUUAUAAUACGGUGCAAAUCUAUAAGGAAAUAAUCUACUCCGAUAAAAUUACAUGUACAUCGUAUUUUUCCUUCUUUGUUUGGAUUUUUGUACUAUAUAACAUAUUGUGUAAAUGUAAAUAUAUAUGCCGUGUCAAUAUGUUGAUUUUGUCUUAUCGAUGCUAGAAUCAGUCACAGUUCAAUUCCCAGAAUGCAACACAGCCUACAAACUUGGACACCGCGAGCAACAACACCUAAAAUACGCAUACUCGUGUUCACUGUUACCAUCUUUAUAGUCACACACUUGAACCAAUCAUGAACCAUACCAUAAAUCCACACACAGCCCUAAAGCUAACCGUAAACAAUAUGAUGAAUCUGAUAUAUAGAAUUUUGAUCCUGUUUGUUUUUUUAUGGGUUUUGAUUCUUACCUUGCAUUUGCUAAUCACUUGGCAAUUACCUGUUUCCUGUUAUGAGUUUGCAUAGUGAUUUGGAUCUGUUUUGAGUUUUCUAAAUGAAGCUCAUGCUUUCAUCCUUGCUGCCUGACAGAUUGAGCUGAAUUCCUGGAAACUCAGUACAGUAUUUUAGCGGCUUAAUGAAUACUUGGACAGAAAUAGCCAUAAAUUAAAAGAAGUCAUGUUUAUCUUGAGUAGGUGUUUUACUGUAAUAAAUGUAACCACGUUAUAAGAAUUGGUUAUUCAGGUUCCGUGUUUCAAUAUGUAAUGUACAUAAAGCAUGUAUACAAGCUACAGAA